GGGGGCGGCGGCCAUUUUGGCCGGGUGGCAGCGCGAGCACGUUGCGCGCGUGUCUGCUGCCGAGGAACGGGGCGAGGCCACUCCCGUCCCCGCGCCCGGCUCGCAGCUUCCCGCCCUCCCUCCCGACCUUGAAGUGUCUGCUUCCUCUUCCCUGAAAUCACUAAUUGGAAUAUUAAAAACUUAAUUUGUGCAUUAUGGCUGACAAGUUAACAAGAAUAGCUAUUGUCAACCAUGAUAAAUGUAAGCCAAAGAAAUGCCGCCAGGAGUGCAAAAAGAGCUGUCCUGUGGUUCGAAUGGGGAAACUAUGCAUAGAAGUCACAGCACAGAGUAAAAUAGCAUGGAUUUCUGAAACACUUUGUAUUGGUUGUGGUAUCUGCAUUAAGAAAUGUCCUUUUGGAGCUUUGUCAAUUGUUAACUUACCUAGCAACCUGGAGAAAGAAACAACACACCGAUAUUGUGCCAAUGCCUUCAAACUUCACAGGUUGCCUAUUCCCCGUCCAGGUGAAGUACUGGGAUUAGUUGGAACCAAUGGUAUUGGAAAAUCAACUGCCUUGAAAAUUUUAGCAGGAAAACAGAAGCCAAACCUUGGAAAAUACGAUGAUCCACCUGAUUGGCAAGAAAUCUUGACUUACUUUCGAGGAUCUGAGUUGCAAAAUUACUUUACCAAAAUCCUGGAAGAUGACCUCAAAGCCAUCAUUAAACCUCAGUAUGUGGACCAGAUCCCUAAGGCUGCAAAGGGAACAGUGGGGUCUAUUUUGGACAGAAAGGAUGAAACUGAGACGCAGACUGUUGUGUGCCAGCAGCUUGAUUUAACCCAUCUAAAAGAAAGGAAUGUUGAGGACCUUUCAGGAGGAGAACUUCAGAGAUUUGCUUGUGCUGUUGUUUGUAUUCAGAAGGCUGACAUCUUCAUGUUUGAUGAACCUUCUAGCUACCUAGAUGUUAAACAGCGUCUGAAGGCUGCCAUUACUAUUCGAUCUCUGAUAAACCCAGACAGAUAUAUUAUUGUUGUCGAGCAUGAUCUAAGUGUAUUAGAUUAUCUGUCUGACUUUAUCUGCUGCCUGUAUGGUGUGCCAAGUGCUUAUGGUGUCGUCACUAUGCCCUUCAGUGUAAGAGAAGGCAUAAACAUUUUCUUGGAUGGUUACGUUCCAACAGAAAAUCUAAGAUUUCGAGAUGCCUCUUUGGUUUUUAAAGUAGCUGAGACAGCUAAUGAAGAAGAAGUUAAGAAGAUGUGCAUGUAUAAAUACCCAGGAAUGAAAAAAAAGAUGGGAGAGUUUGAACUCUCCAUAGUUGCUGGAGAAUUCACUGACUCUGAAAUCAUGGUGAUGCUAGGAGAAAAUGGAACUGGCAAAACUACAUUCAUCAGAAUGCUUGCAGGAAGGCUUACACCUGAUGAAGGAGGGGAAGUUCCAGUCCUAAAUGUCAGUUACAAGCCACAGAAAAUCAGUCCAAAGUCCACAGGAAGUGUCCGUCAGCUACUUCAUGAGAAGAUUCGAGAUGCCUACACACAUCCACAAUUUGUAACAGAUGUAAUGAAACCUCUUCAGAUAGAAAACAUUAUUGAUCAAGAGGUGCAGACAUUGUCUGGUGGUGAGUUGCAGCGUGUUGCAUUGGCUCUCUGUCUUGGUAAGCCUGCUGAUGUCUACUUAAUUGAUGAACCUUCAGCUUAUUUGGACUCUGAACAGCGUCUGAUGGCAGCUAGAGUUGUCAAACGUUUUGUCCUCCACGCUAAAAAGACUGCUUUUGUGGUAGAGCAUGACUUCAUCAUGGCUACCUAUUUGGCUGACCGUGUCAUUGUCUUUGAUGGUAUUCCAUCCAAAACCACCGUUGCAAACAGUCCGCAGACUCUUUUGGCUGGUAUGAAUAAGUUCUUGUCUCAGCUUGAAAUUACUUUCAGAAGAGACCCCAACAAUUACAGACCAAGAAUAAACAAACUCAACUCAAUCAAGGAUGUGGAACAAAAGAAGAGUGGAAACUACUUUUUCUUGGAUGACUAAACAUAAAUCUGAGACUCUUCAUUAUCAGUUUAUAGAAACACAAAUUUAAAAUCUGAACUUUUUUGUUGUAUAAACUCAAUCAGGUUUUAGAACACCCCACUCACUCUGGAGCUAAAAUGUUAUUGCUGUGUGUACCAUCAGAGGCCAGUAGCAGCAUAAACUCUAGUCUGAGCAACAGAAACUGCCACUUCUGUAUUUUGGUGAUGUGGCCAUAUUUCCAAUGUAAUGUUUCAAAAUAGAUACUUCUCAAAAUAUUAUUGGUACAAACCUCUAGAUUUUUCAAAAUGUAGAAAGGUUUUCAAUCCAAGUGUAACUUAUUCAUGUACCAAACGCUGACAAGAUUUUUCCAAUUUUAAAAAUCUUUGAAGUUUACAAAGAAGACUGUCAAGCUACAGAAGCUGCUCAUAUUUUAAAAGCAAGGCUGAAUCUCUCUGGGUGAGGGCUUCAUAAAUAAAUAUUCAUCUAACAUA